AUGAUUAAGCAGCAGAUAAAAGACUUGAUACUCGACAAAGUCGUCGUGUCAGCACUUACCCAAGUGACAUCCGUGGUCUUCGAUUCCUUGGAUGAUAUUGAGAUCAAAAAGAAAUGGCAAGAAAUUGUUAAUUAUUUGAGGGGCCGGAUAACUGCGGAAGAACUCGGAAAACGCUUUUGGAGGAAGUACGUCCCUGAAGUGAAGCGUGUAGGUCCAGGAGAGUAUGAAUUCGAAGUAACAGUGCCGCACGGCGCCACCUCACUCAAACAGCUUCUAAGUGAUCUUCAUCCACAACGUUUUCUUGCUUUGAAAUCGGCUGUAGCUGAAUCGCUUGGCUUAUCAGAAGAGGAAAAGGUUGUUGCUCGAAAUAUGUAUUUGUGUUUGAUUUGA